GCUUUGGGAAUUCCUCAGGACCCAGGAAGACUUCUUGGCAGGACAGAGCCAAGAUGAGACUCCCCCUACUUCUGGCUCUUCUAUUUGGGGCAGUUUCAGCUCUUCAUCUGAGGACUGAAACGUCCAAGUUUGAGAGCCCCUUGGGAGAGCAGACCCUGCCUCAGGAUGGGGAGAUGCCAGAACAUGAGGCAAUGGAGGCUCCUGUGGAGGGACUGAUGCUGCCAGAGGAAGAGGAGGAAGGGGGCUCUGGAAGUGAAGAUGACCAUGAGGAAGAGGGACCUGUCAAGUCUGCCUCAGCCCUAGGUGAGGUGGAUAAGGACGUUCAGUGCCCUAAGGAAGAGGAGACAGUAAAACUGGUGGGCAUCCCUGGAUGCAAGACAUGCCGCUUUCUUGUAGUGAAUAGGCCCAUGAUUUAUAAUCAAGCUGAGCAUACUUGCCGGACAUGCUACCGUGGCCACCUCAUCUCGAUCCACAACUUCCACUUUAACUACCACAUAUGGCACUCAGUCAGAUGCCUCAACCAGGGUCAAGUCUGGAUUGGAGGCGCAGUCACAGGCUUGGGUCGCUGCAGGCGGUUUUACUGGAUGGACGGCAGUGCCUGGAAUUUUUGGUACUGGGCUCCGGGCCAGCCUUCUCAAUGUAGUGGCCACUGUGUGUCCAUGUAUACUAGAGCCUCGGCGGUGGUCCUUUGCUCCACGGUGCCUUCGCUGGCCCUUACGUCUCUGCUGUGCCUGGGCUUCGCCCUCUGUGCCUCGGUCCCUGUCCUCCCCCUCCAGUAUGUCACCUUCAUCCUGCAAGUGAUCAGCCGCUCCUUCCUCUAUGGGGGCAGUGCUGCCUUCCUGACCCUUGACCUUGGCACAGCUGUGCCUCAGCUCAUCCAGGCCCCAGAAGCAGCGGCCCCCAGGUGCCUGGGCACCAGGUGUGGCGACACCCGAGCACAGGGGCCCCACCAGCAGCGGGUCCAUGACAGCACCCUGCUCCAAGAGGAAGUGGCCCCCAGGUGCCUGGGCCCCACGAGCAGCAGCAGCAUGACUGUGCCCUGCCCCCAGGAGAAGCGGCCUGAAGUUGCCCAGGCCCCAUCAGCGUCAGCAGUGUGA